CAUUGUAUAUAUGUAUGUACAACAUUUAUAUACACAUAUAAAUAUAAGUACAUGAAUUACACUUCUAUUCGUGAUAGCUAUGGUGUUUACCACAGAAUAAAUCGUAGCGUUUACGAAAGUUCCAGUGGUUACUAAAUGUUAUUUUUCUUUUAUUCAAUGAAUUAAUGUGCAAAGAAAAAUGAUUGGAAUGCGUAUGAAUGCAUUUAACGAUACUGGACUUGGUGAACCGGAGCAAGAUGCAAAUACAGCACUUAUAGAAUUAGAUAAAGGUUUACGAUCAGCAAAGAUUGGUGAACAGUGCGAAGCCAUAGUGAGAUUUCCAAGAUUAUUUGAGAAAUAUCCAUUUCCUAUACUCAUAAAUUCGUCUUUAUUAAAAUUGGCUGAGGUUUUCCGAACUGGUAGUAAUUUUUUACGCGUUUGGGUUCUCAGAGUAUGUCAGCAAAGUGAAAAACAUUUGGAUAAAAUAUUAAAUGUUGAUGAAUUUGUAAGACGUAUUUAUAGCGUGAUACAUUCGAAUGAUCCAGUUGCUAGAGCUUUGACAUUACGUACAUUGGGUAGUGUAGCUGGCAUUAUACCAGAAAGACAACAGGUGCACCAUAGUAUAAGAAGAUCACUAGAUUCUCAUGAUUCAGUUGAAGUUGAAGCUGCAAUAUAUGCAGCACAAAUGUUCGCUGCACAAUCAAAACUUUUUGCUGUUUCCAUGUGUAGCAAAAUAUCUGACAUGAUUAGGGGUCAAGCAACACCAGCAUCAAUGAAAUUACAACUUAUACCUAUUUUACAGUACAUGCAUCAUGAUACUUAUACAGCUUCAAUGGUAAAUAAAUUAUGUAUGGAGCUCCUUGCUAGUUAUCCAGCUGUGGAAUUUGUUAGAGUUACACUAAGUGCUUUAAGUACAUUAGCUUCUGCAACAUUAAUUGAUAUUCCACAACAAGUUGUGCUUUUGUUACGUUAUUUACAAGAUGAUCCAAGACUAACAAUUAAACGUCAUGCUUUACAUUUACUACAUUCUUUAGCUAGAAGAGGAGCACAUUUGUGGCCACAAGGUGCUCUUAAUAAUUUAAUAGAGAGUACUACAACACUUCUACAGGAUGGUGCUGGAAAUAAAGAUCUCCUUAUUCGAACAUUAGAUGUGAUCGAGGUACUUAGUCAAAGUGCAGUUACAUGUGAUGCAAACAGAGAGGAAGGAAAUCCUCUUUUAUCUUUGUGUGUAAAUGCUUGCUACUCUCCAGAUCCCUUCAUCGCGGUAAAAGCAAUUACUAUAUUAGCGAGAGUUGCGUGUUAUUGCUAUGAAGAAGGUUUACCAGCUUAUGGAAUACAAGAUGUUGUAUCUUGUCUUGAAUCACUAAUUGUGUUAUUAGCUUUGGAUGAUAAGUAUUUGCGUCAAUUAAAAGUCUGUUUACGUUCAACGGUAAAAUUGUGUAGUGCACAACCUAGUCAUUGUUCAGUAUUCGUUGACGCUAUUGGCAGUACACUAUUUAAUACAAACACAGAAAAUACUCAGAGUGAAAAACAAGCAGUUGCUUUAUGUGAAGCUUUAGGUGCCAUUGGAAGUUUGGAAGAAAAUACGUUGCUUUCACUUUUACCAGAUAUAUUGGCAAAACUCAGACAGACUGUACAUGUCCACACAAAGGUGAUGUUAUGUACGUUAUUAUUUCAAAUGGUAGCGGGGGGUUAUGAAUGGAAUACAGAAUGUUUGGAAGCAGUAGAAGAAGUUAUUAAAAAUGUCGAUGGUUGGGCCAAGUACCGUAUUGCACGAAGCGCUGCUAGAUACGGUCACCAUACAAUAGCAACACAAAUAUUUAGGAACUUGAAAGAAACAGUAGCGUCCGAACAAUUACACUUCUGGCUAUCCGGUUUGGAAUUAGUUACGAAAGCUGAGAGUCAUCUCAUGGAUAAAACAGAAGAAACAGAAAACAAAUCGAGAGUGCUCACGGUGGAAAAAUUAAACGGUGCUAUCGCACGUUACGCAAGCGCGUGUGCGUCGCUAAAAGCUGCCAGUACACCUUUACGAAGCCUACAGUUCGCUAGCGAAUAUUCAAAACUUCGUUGCGAAUUUCUUCAAGCUAUUGUACAACUUUUGCAUUCGUGCAGGUCUCUUUGUACAGCUCCACCACCUGCUAUUACAAUUACAGUGAUUCUCGCGACGAAAGAUGAUCUUCAACGAUAUGGACGCGUUACUAAUCAAUUGAGGAAAUCGGCUCAAGAGUUGAAGAAUUGUGCUGAUAACUAUCAGAAACUUUACCAAUCGGCUUUCGAUGCUGAUCCCGGAUCAUUGGCAAACAUACGAGCAUUGCAGGAAAUUUGUCGAUUGUUAGCAAGCAGUGUCGAACGGGUUUGCGGCGGAACUGGAAUUCGUACAUAUUAUCAAAGCGAAGUUAAUUUUGAUUUCGGUGAUACUGUAGAAAUGCGGCAAUUAGCACGUUGCUGUACCGAAUUGCGUCGACUCGCGCCUAGUUAUAUAGGAGAAAAUAAAGCAGCGGCUCUUAGUCACUCAAGAAUAAACUGUUUAGUAUCGCAAGUGAUGUUAUUAGCUGGAACAAAAAUGAGAUUACCGAUGCCUCGAUAUUACUUCCAAGCUUUACAAGCAACUAGUGUUAAGUUAUCGGUUUCACCACAACCACGGGUUCUCGGUGAGCCAGUAUCUGUUCCUCAGGGUAGCCAGCUAGCGUUAAAAGUGGAAGGAGUGCUGCGGCACGGCCGCCGCGCGUCUCUUUAUCGUUCCGUUGCUGCUGUUUGCAUUUCUAUUUCAACUACCCCUCCGUCAAAAAUCAAUUCAGAUCAAAAGGAUUCUAAUACGAACGAAUUACAACAAACUGUCACACCACACCGAGAUUUCUUCGCCUGCGAAUUUUUACUUUCACUGGGAAGUCCGGGAACAAAUACCACAGCAUGUGCCAGUAAUACCGCUAAUGUAAAUAACAAUAUCAAUUCUGGCGGUGGGCAGUAUCAAGUCACAGCUAGUGCCAGUAUACUUGACAAAGAUGGCAACGUGUGGAAAUGCGGACCGCGUUCUACUCUGCAAGUUAGGGUACAUGAGGAACCUGCCAAAAGGAAGUUACCAUAACAAAAAUGGAGUUUCAGUACGUGAUCCAGGAUGGCGCUGCAGAGACGGAAAGUAUUGUAGACACGGAACUACUCUGCGG